UAUAAGUAAAAACAUGACAUAAGCCGAAAGUGGAAAAGUUUGAAUUCUGAAUCCAAUCCAAAUCCAUCGAAAAAGACAAAAAUAAAUUUGGAUCGUGAUCCCUUGAAGAAUAAGUUUUGCAAUGCUAAGUUGACAUGGAAGAAAACUCUCAAUCUCUGGGGUCGAGGUUGACGAUUGGAGAAACACUAUGUAUGGUGUGCAUUCCAUUGAUUGGAAUAGCUGAAGCUUUGUUUUGCAGCUUAGCUGGUUGCUUCGAUUUCCGUAGUUCAGAGCUGAAGAAGAAAGAAAAAGAGAAGAAGAUGUUUUCUACCUUCCAAGAGAUUCUCGCACUCGCUAACGAUUCUCCUUUUAAUGUGAAUGAAAUUGAGGCGUUGCAUGAGUUGUACAAGAAGUUGAGUUGUUCAAUCAUCGACGAUGGUCUCAUCCACAAAGAAGAGCUUACAUUGGCACUAUUGAAGACCUCAGUUGGCAAGAAUCUUUUCCUUGAUAGGGUCUUUGAUCUCUUUGAUGAAAAAAAGAAUGGCGUUAUAGAAUUUGAGGAGUUUGUGCACGCUCUCAGUGUCUUUCAUCCUUAUACUCCAUUGGAAAAGAAAAUUGAUUUUGCUUUUAGAUUGUAUGACUUGAGACAAACUGGAUAUAUUGAACGAGAAGAAGUUCGGGAAAUGGUGGUUGCCAUUUUGUCAGAAUGUGGUAUGGAUGUGGAAAAUGAAAUCCUUGAAUCCAUUAUUGAUAAGACAUUUCAAGAUGCCGAUGCUGACAAGGAUGAUAAGAUCAGUAAAGAAGAGUGGAAAGCAUUUGUCAUUCGGAACCCAUCACUCUUGAGGCACCUGACUCUUCCUGAACUGAAGGACGUAACCACUCUAUUUACCAGUUUCAUUUUCAACACUGGAGUUGAUGAUUUCCACUAGCAACUCAUUGGCUAGUCAAAAUCUGACAUCAAGGAAUUGAAGCUUGUUCUGUUUUGAUGCCUCUGCUGUUGCUUCCCUGAGAAUUAGAUUAUGGUGAUUCCUUCUCCCAUUGAUUUGAAGAUCAACCGGGCAAAUUUUUUGAAAGUGGACAAAUCCAACAAGUUUUGAUUGAGUAAAGUGGUGCUCCAAAAUCUUAUCCAAACCGAGUGACCCGUUUAAAUUGUAUCAAAUUGUGGUGCGCGGUGUAUACCUUGGUUUGGUGCAGUGUACAAACAUUUAAAUGAUUAAAAUGUGAUUUAGUAUUAAAACAAACAAUUUGUUGAAUUUUAUUGUGUUUAAAUUAUACAUAGUCUCCAUGUUGUAGA